CAAAACAAUACCACUUUUUUUCGGGGUCAUCUUUCAGAUACAAUGAAGCUCACAGGAUCUCUCGUGUUUCUCGGUGUUCUGGUUGGAGCUUAUGGCGCCGUCUUGAACUCGAGGAACCAGGAUAACGAAUUUGAAGAUGCGAUGCGGAUACACUACCGCAUUUGGGGCGAGAAUCCUUGGGACUAUCCGGGCAACCCCCCUCCCAUCUUCCCGCCCGAUGACUUCCUGCGGUACUCGCAGAUUGGCCACUGGUGGAACCAAGAAAAACCAUGGGAAAACCCUUCGAGGGCUUUGCGGGAUGCACUCGUAGGCAACAAAGAUGACGACGCUGAUGAAUAUCGGAUAUGGGGAAAGUUUCCGUGGGAGCGUCCUGGAAACCCUCCUCCGUUUUUGCCACCGGCCGACACAAGGACUUUCUCACAGAUUGGUCGCUGGGGGAAUCAGGACGUGAACGGAGAACGGACCGGGAGUUUCUUGAGGCCGUUACUUGCGGAAAAUAAAGACGAGACCACCGACCGAGUACCGUCUGUGGGGGAAAUUUCCGUGGGAGCGCCCAGUAAAUCCGCCACCUUUCGUGCCACCGCCAGACACAGCGACGUUCUCACAGAUCGGCCGAUGGUGGAAUCAAGAGGAGAUUGGCGAACGACCUACCAAGCUUUCAAGAUGAAAAGACGUUCAAGCAGAAGCCUACGCAAGAUGUUGAAGAAAAACGCAGCAAGUUUCUACCCUUGCUUCCUCCAAAAGACCACAAGCUGACGAGGGUGGCGCGCUCAGUCUGGCAGAACAAACCUUGGGAGAAGCCAUGGAACCCACCACCGUUCCUGCCUGGCCGCUACCCUCCUCUUCAGUGAAUCGUCCGUGUUUGCUAAAGACUAUGCAUCCACAUCGAAUACGAAACAAGAGACAUCCCGGCCGGGAACAGAAUGAAACCGAUUAACACUUUCGUUCCCUUGAGAGCUCCGGCCAAUGUUCACAGCGGCCGCCCACCAACAUACGCGCCACAAAACGACACUCAACUGAACGAGGCAGUGAAUGAAAAAUAAACGCACACGUCUGAGUCAUUUAGAAAGUAGCUU